CCUAUUUGCCCAAGUUAGGGGCCUGCGGAAACAUGAAGAGGGUAAAUAGCUGUGUGAAGAAUGAAGAGCAUGUCCUGGAAGAGCUGGAAACAGAAGGUGAGAGGCAACUGAAGAGCCUCCUUCAACAUCAACUUGAUACCUCUGUCUCCAUUGAAGAAUGUGUCUCUAAGAAAGAGAGCUUUGCCCCAGGUACUAUGUACAAGCCCUUUGGGAAGGAAGCAGCUGGGACAAUGACUUUGUCCCAGUUCCAGACACUACAUGAAAAAGACCAGGAAACUGCUUCUCUCAGGGAACUAGGGCUCAACGAAACAGAAAUAUUGAUCUGGAAAAGCCAUGUUUCAGGUGAAAAGAGGACGAAGCUGAGGGCAACUCCUGAAGCAGUACAGAAACGGCUUCAAGACAUUGAAGAAAGGAUCUCAGAGCGCCAGCGCAUCCUUUGCCUGCCACAGAGGUUUGCAAAGAGCAAACAGCUGACCCGGCGAGAAAUGGAAAUUGAAAAGUCUUUAUUUCAGGGAACUGAUCGUCACUCCUUCCUUAAGGCUCUUUAUUACCAAGCAUACCACAAAAAGACAAGUGCAGACAAGUACAUGACCUCAAUGAAGAGGAAGAUAAAAUUAGGCACAAAAGGCAAGUCGAGAGUUGUACUGGGGAGGCUUUGUAGAACUUCCAUAUCUCUUUGUCUUGAUCCAGAUGAACCCCCAAGGAAGAACAAAGGUGAUCCCAUGAACAACCUGGAAGGUUUUUACCACGAGACUAUAAUGAAAAAACGUCUUGAAGAGUUCCAACUUAUGAGAGGUGAACCCUUUGCUUCCCACUCACUGGUCUCAGCUACAUCAGUGGGUGAUAGUGGCACAGCUGAGAACCCAUCACUACUCCAGGACAAGGGAAAACAGGCAGCACAGGGUAAAGGCCCCAGUCACCAUGUUGCAAAAGUUAUUGAUUUUCCACCUGAGCAGUAUUGGACUGGGCGUAAGAAGCUGACGCAACCAAUAGAAUUUAUCCCUGAAGAUGAGAUCCAGAGAAGCCGUUUGUCAGAGGAGGAGAUCCGAAACAUCCCUAUGUUUUCUUCAUAUAACCCAGGGGAACCAAACAAGGUGCUAUACCUGAAGAACCUUAGUCCUCAGGUGAAAGAAAGAGACCUUGUCUCAUUAUUUGCUCGGUUCCAGGAGAAAACAGGACCACCCAUUCAGUUCCAAAUAAUGACUGGACGCAUGAGGGGACAGGCUUUCAUCACCUUUCCCAAUAAAGACAUAGCAUGGCAAGCAUUGCAUCAAAUAAAUGGAUAUAAACUCCAUGGGAAAAUAUUGGUGAUAGAGUUUGGAAAGAACAAAAAGCAACAGUCAGUUGUCCAGGGUGCUUCCCUUAUAACAUCUGCUACAAAUAGGAGUGCAGAAAUCAGUGGUUGCUAGAGUGCAUAUCAACACAUUUGGACAUAUAUAUGUGUAUAAACAUACACACUGAUCUUUCUUUCAUCAUAAUCUAAGAUCUACGAUAUGUAUAUACAUAGGAAUUUGUUUUAAAAUUAAGAGGAAAUAUUAGACAGUAAUUAAGACAGUGGCUCUCAGCAUUUAGAGAACUGAUAGAAAUAUUUUCCAUAAUUAAAUACUGUAUAGUCUAGAAAAAGACUCUAAAAUUGACACUAUCCUGAAUAUUAAAGAUAAUAAUCAAGCACUUUAUAGGGCAGAUAAUACCCUGAACAUUAAGAUUAUAUGAAAACCUUUAAUUCUCAGGAUAUGUUACACAGGAUUGUUCUGGAGAUUCUGAAAGUUCUUUAAUUUAAUGUUUAGUCCUAGAGAUAACACUUUUUCUGGGACUGUUUCCUAUAUACAAAUAUUUAAAACUAAUUCAAUGUUAAAAUAUUUAUUUACUAGAACUCACUGUUUUGUCUGAACUUUCAACAGUUACAGUAGGUAGAUUUAUGAGUUU